AACGAUCCUAUGCGCCCUGGAGAUCCUCAGCAAUGUGAAUCACCCUCUGCGCCCGGUUCCUUUAAUCCGAGCAAACCGAACUGAACAUCAGGACAACCUCAUCAUGGCGGCCUUCAAAUUUACAGCCAACCCUAUCCAGAUCGCGAGCUAUGUUGGAGGUGUCGCACUCUUCAGUAUCUCCUUCCUCGUCUUCCUCAACUCGAGCAUAUCGUUCGUGAUCACCGACCGGAUUGGAUUGAAGGAUGGCGUCGGAGAUGCGGUUGGCACACUGGGAUUUGCAGAUGAACUUGUCGCAUUGGUCGCUUGUCCUAUCUGGGGUGUUCUCAGCGAUCGUAUCGGCGUGAGGUUGGUGGCGGUAAUCGGAUAUUUGAUUGUCGGCCUCAGUUUGAUGCUGCUGGUUCAAGCGACGAACAUCUAUCCACAGCUCUUGCUGGCACGGUUGUUCUUCAGCAUUGGAGGUGCUGCAACCGCAACGAUGGUCACCGCAAUUCUACCCGCCAUGACUUAUGAGAAACCCAAUGAUGGACGUACACAAGAUACCUUCCCGUCAAAUAUGCGGUCACACCGUCAUAGUGUAGCACCGUCGGUCUCUUCCGAACUCACCAUUACCCCCGCUCGAUACCGUACACAAUCACCGUUGUUCGAAGAAUCCUCGAAUUCAAAGAAUUCUCCAGCCGCUGCUGCAUCCCAGCUGGCUGGAGUGGUGGGGAUGUUCACCGGGCUAGGAGCGCUGAUUGCGCUGCUGAUAUUCCUUCCUCUACCUGCGACGUUCCAGAACCGAGGAGACGCCCCCAGUGAUGCUGUUGCGAAAAGCUUCUACGUUGUCGGAACCAUUUCCUUUGUGGUUGCGGCCUUCUGUUUCCUAGGACUGCGAGAUCUCCCUGGCGAGGACGGAAAAGGCUGGCACCAUGUUGGAUCUUAUCUCCACCAAUUCAAGUCAAACCCCGACGUUGGAUAUGAGGAGUUAACACCGGACCUCCCACCUUAUCACCGACUUCUCUACAGAGCGUUCGUGCUCGGCUUCAAAGACGUUAACAUCGGACUCGGAUACCUCGGCGGAUUCGUUGCGAGGGCGUCAUCCGUUGCAAUAUCCCUCUUCAUUCCUGUCUUCGUCAAUGCCUAUUUCAUCUCGUCUGGAUUGUGCUCCGGUGACUCAGGGUCGGACAUCAGGCAUCAGUGCAACCGAGCCUACAAAGUAGCUGCAGCACUUUCUGGCGCCAGUCAACUUGUCGCGCUUCUCUGCGCGCCAGUGUAUGGAUAUCUCUCCAGCAAGUACGUUCGUUUCAAUGAACCUCUCCUGUUGGCGGCUAUCUCGGGAAUCGCGGGGUACCUGUCGUUCGGCCUUGUCAGGAACCCCGAUUACAAUGGCGAGGAUGGAAGCGUGGGCGUCUUCUUUAUUGUUGCGCUAUUGGGAAUCUCGCAGAUUGGAGCAAUCGUGUGCAGUCUUGGGCUCCUUGCACGCGGUAUCCAAACUUCAGAGCCUCAAGUUAGGAAGACAGCAAAUGGCGAAGCCGGCGACGGUCAUUCUGUGGGAGGAUCGGACAGUAUGAGCAGCACACGAGUCGUGUCGCCAUCUAUCACUUCUAAUGGGCUGAGGAAUCCAUUAGAUGAGACCGGUUUGGAAACAACAGACGGCACCAUAGAAACGCAACCACUUCUUUCAAACCCCCCUCCCGAAACAUCCACAAGCGAAGAUAGGAGGCAACUCAAAGGAUCAAUAGCAGGGAUCUAUUCUCUGGCUGGCGGCGCAGGCAUUCUUCUACUCACCAAGGUCGGUGGUGUGCUGUUCGAUAAGUGGGAUAGAGGAGCGCCAUUCUUCUUGAUGGCGAUCUUCAAUGGCAUUUUGUUCUGCCUUACCACGGGCUACGCCUUCAUGGAGUUUGUCCGGCCAAUGGCGCAGCGAAAUAUGGAUUGAGGAGCAACGGAAGAAGGGUCCAUUCGGCGCAAAAAACGAGUUUUCCACUUCCUCGGAUUACCAGCAUCAGCCAAAACAACAUGGCGACAGGGAGACGGUGGAGUUGAAGGUUUAUGAUGAUACGAGUUCAUGUUUUUGCUUCUUCUGUAGCGUAAGAUACCCCGUGUACUGUAUACCACGGCAUCCUCAACAAUAUACCACUUGGGUCUCAUGAUUCCGUUGCCAUGUCUCCAAUGCAAUGAGCCAGCUUCGCAAAACGCCCGUAUGCAAGAUCAAAGCUCCUUCCUAUCGCUUCCCUUUCUUCUUCUUCUUCCCACCACCACCGGUCCCGCCUCCGCCUGCUUUUGUAUCCUUCUUCUCUGGCUGUGCCUGGGCAGCGGUCCCGGAGCGCUUCGCUGAAGGUUCCCCUCCAACAUCUUCUAUCCCAACAUCGCCGCCGU